AUGCGAAUUUUGGUUAAAAAAACAUGCAGUUUACUUCCCAACAGUAGCUGGUUAUUUGAUCCUUGUCAAUUCAAAGGCGAUCACUGGUUUCAGCUGCCACCAUGAUCCAAUACAAAGGACUCUGAUGGAGAAUUUGGUAGUGAACUUAUAUACAGGUUUAUUAUACAGGCCAGUUAGGCAGGUCAAUCAACAGGCUUGGUAUCCAUGUUGCGGGAGGUGUAUAAAGUGCUUAGAUAUCAAUACUGAUAUCGUAACAGGAACUAUUACGAAAGCGGUUUGUUUUGCAUUUGAAUUGUUGAAAUUUGGCUGAGUGCUUCUUAGUGCCAUGCCCUGGCUAUUACCUUGAAGAUAAUCAAUUCAAGUGUUUUAUUACACCUCCUUGAGACGCACUUUCGUCCUCGAAACAUGAUUUCACUUCUGCCAUAUCCUCACAAGCAUGCUGGUAGCUCUUGAUCUUGAUCGCAAAAGGCAAGUGUUUUGACGGUGCCUGGAUUUUACGGUUUUCUGGAAGAACCGCCAAGAAGAUAAAAUGACGUGUUCGGCUCGCGAGGUUGUCAUAGUUAGCCUCCAUCUAGAGAGGUUCGGCGGAGCACCAAUAGGCCUACGAAUAAGCUCUAGUCAACUAUACGAGGAUAUUCUCUUCAGUCUCUACACGUGGUGUCAUCUCAACAUCAAAAUGAAGUUUGCAGUUUACCUAGUCCUGUGUUCUUUGGCAACAUCAGCCAGAGCCCAGACUGAAGGUGAUGUGCGACUGGUUAAUGGACGUGAUUCAUACGAAGGAAGAAUUGAGGUUUACGCCAACGGAGGAUGGGGUACUGUAUGUGAUGAUCUGUGGGAUGAUACAGAUGCUACAGUUGUUUGUCAAAGUCGCGGCAGUGAGUCUGGAACAGCACGCACUAACGCUUACUUCGGAGAAGGCUCAGGUGAUAUCCUGCUCGAUGAUGUUAUUUGUGAUGGAGAUGAAUCUUCUCUUCUGGAAUGUUCUAAUCCUGGAAUCGGCGUUCAUAACUGUGGACACUCUGAGGAUGCAGGAGUCACUUGUUCACCAACAGUGCGACUGGUUAAUGGACGUGAUUCAUACGAAGGAAGAAUUGAGGUUUACGCCAACGGAGGAUGGGGUACUGUAUGUGAUGAUCGGUGGGAUGAUACAGAUGCUACAGUUGUUUGUCAAAGUCGCGGCAGUGAGUCUGGAACAGCACGCACUAACGCUUACUUCGGAGAAGGCUCAGGUGAUAUCCUGCUCGAUGAUGUUAUUUGUGAUGGAGAUGAAUCUUCUCUUCUGGAAUGUUCUAAUCCUGGAAUCGGCGUUCAUAACUGUGGACACUCUGAGGAUGCAGGAGUCACUUGUUCACCAACAGUACGACUGGUCGAUGGAAGUGCUUCAAACGAAGGAAGAAUUGAGGUUUACGCCAACGGAGGAUGGGGUACUGUAUGUGAUGAUUCGUGGGAUGAUACAGAUGCUACAGUUGUCUGUCAAAGUCUCGGCUUUGAGUCUGGAACAGCACGCACUAACGCUCACUUCGGACAAGGUUCUGGUGAUAUCUUGCUAGAUGAUGUAUCUUGUGAUGGAGAUGAAACUUCUCUUCUUGAAUGUUCUAAUCCUGGAAUCGGCGUUCAUAACUGUGGACACUCUGAGGAUGCGGGAGUCACUUGUUCACCAACAGUGCGGCUGGUUGAUGGAAGUGCUUCAAAAGAAGGAAGAGUUGAGGUCUACGCCAACGGAGGAUGGGGAACUGUGUGUGAUGAUUCGUGGGAUGAUACAGAUGCUACAGUUGUUUGUCAAAGUCUCGGCUCUGAGUCUGGAACAGCACGCUCUAACGCUUACUUCGGACAAGGUAUAGGUGAUAUCUUGCUAGAUGAUGUAUCUUGUGAUGGAAGUGAAUCUUCUCUUCUGGAAUGUUCUAAUUCUGGAAUCGGCGUUCAUAACUGUGGACACUCUGAGGAUGCGGGAGUCACAUGUUCACCAACAGUACGUCUGGUUGAUGGUUCAUGUGCCGGCGAGGGUAGAGUCGAGGUUUUCUAUGACGAGGCCUGGGGGACUGUUUGUGACGACUUAUGGGAUAAUACUGAUGCGACCGUUGUCUGUCAAAGUCUUGGAUACACAUCAGGAAUCGCGGUAGGAAAUGCAGGAUUCGGAGAAGGAACUGGGGAGAUACUUCUUGAUAAUGUAGAAUGUACCUCCACUAAUACCGACCUCUUCGACUGCCAACGCAAUGAUAUCGGAGAUGAUAAUUGCUCCCAUGCUGAAGAUGCGGGAGUGACGUGUUCUUAAGGAAGAUGAUUGAUCCUGGAAGAUCUUGUGUCCACUGAACUCAAACCAAAUUUGUUCGGACUCUUCCAAUUUGGUGCCUCAGUUUAUCAAUUUUAAAAUUUUAGAAUUGUCUCUCUUUUUCCUUUCUCUUCUGCAUGUACUGGGGUAUACAGUAAAAGAUUCGCUUGAUAUUUACAUUUGGUUUUAAUUGUUGGUACAAUGCUUGCUUUAGGUUUAUAGUUAUGCUUAAUUGAAUUGAUUGCAUCUUGUAUAGGCCUCUACAACUAAACCAUAAGCUGGUAAUGCGUACAUAAUGAUCCAUGAACAUUUAACUUUAAGUUCGAAUUUCAUUAAAUGAUAAACAAGCAGGCUAGAUCCUCGUAAUGUAAAACUAUGGAGGAUCCAGGAUUUCCCAAGGGGGGCACAUUUUUCAGAGGAAAAAUGUUACAAGCAAAACAAAUAUGUAAAUAAAAAAGUUUUUGUCAACCAAAAAUUAAGGAUAAUUCGUCUAAGAAAAAAAUUGACAAGUAAAGAAAAAAAUGCCUUCACUUUUAAAGGGGGCACUGCCUGGCUGUGCCCCCCCCCCCCCCCCACCUGGAUCUGCCAGUGGGAGGGUGUCAUUGUAUGACACCCAAAAUAAGUUAGACGAUGAUUUGAUAAAUCAAUCACUGAUUAUUGAUUAUAACGUAACACGAUGAAAUAGAUUUACAUUUAUGAACGAGAACUUUACUUUUCCCUAAUCGUCACAGUGACCCAAAAUGAUAGAAUAGCUUUAUUAGGUGUAAAGAUUUCUCAUUUACAUAUCUUCAUCGUUACGUAUACAAAUCAAUCAUUAAUGUCAUAUCCAAGGAGCUAUUGACGGUAACGUGUAUUGAGCACGGAGCAACAUAUUACUUAAAUGAAAUAACUAUAAACGAAUUAAAGAAUCAAUGAAAAAAUGUGUAAUCUUUUGAAGUCAAGGGCCCCGUAACACAAAGUUUAGUAAUUAAUUAAUCGCUAAUUUAAAAGAACAAUUUUGAUUCAUAGUCGGUCAGUCAUGCAACGAUAGUCUUGAUGGGCCUUUUCAUUUAGCGAUCCAUCGCUAACAUAUCCGUUAAGGGAUCUUCAUGAUACAUUUCCGAAUCUAAUUUCGCUUUAUGCUAUUAAAUUAAAUUCUUAUUCAUUUCAAAUGGUUAGAAACGUCAUUCAUUGUCAUUUCCAUUAAUGGAGAUGUCGAAUUAUAACGUCCAAAUUGUCGGCAUGUCUUUUUUGGGGUCUGAUUUCGAUUAAUUACAUUGAUCAGUUAAGGUCAUCGUAAAAUCCGGAGUUCUUGACUUAAUAAUUCGCAAAAAUUGUUGGUAAAAAAUAUCAAAAUGGAUAUUUAUUUCUUCUGUAAAUUCCAUUAUACUUUUUUUGUUUACCGCGAGUGUUUGUGUGGUAACUUAUAGUUGCAUAAUAAAAUAAUUGCUAAGUGUAGUAUAUCUUAUGAACGGAAACGAAUUUUUAUAUGAUCUUAUGGUAUCUUUGGGUAUAAAGUCUGUCUGCAUUACA